GCGUUUCGGUGAAAAAUAUUAGGGGAGCCUCGCCAUCUUGGUCGCUGCACGCGAUGUAGAUGUGAUUUACCUUUUUUACCUCCCCUUGCAGUACUCCCUGGAGACCGUGGAGGGCACUACGAGGGAAACAUAAGACUGACUAGUAAAGUAGAAAACACAACGAUACAAAUGGCGACGCCCCAACAAUACUGUCUGCGGUGGAACAACCACCGCAGCAACUUGCUUAAUGUGUUCGAUCAGCUGCUGCAGAACGAGGCGUUCACGGACGUCACGCUGGCGUGCGAGGGAGGCACUUCUGUCAAAUGCCACAAGAUGGUGCUCGCUGCGUGCUCAAGUUACUUUCAAGGGUUGUUCACGGAUCUGCCGUGCCGUCAUCCGGUGGUUAUCCUGAAGGACGUGAAGUACUCGGAGAUCAAGGCUAUCCUGGAGUACAUGUACCGAGGGGAGGUGAACGUCGGGCAGGAUCAGUUGGCACCCCUGCUCAAGGUGGCGGAAGCGCUGAAAGUGAAAGGGUUGGUGGAGGAGAACGGAGCCAAACCGCCAGUAGAAGAAGAUCCCAACAUGAUCACCACAUCUUCCCCCACGGCUCCUCCGCCGAUGCCACAUAGUAGCAGCGUGAACGACUCUUCCCCACCUCACUCUACAGGUAUUCACAACCAAGGAUUCCCCAAGUACCCGUACCUCUACGGCAAGUCACCAGCUGUCGAGCGAGGUGGAGGCGGUGGUCGAAUCUCUCUUCCUCCAAUGUGGGGAAUGCCGGGGAUGCCGAUCCCUGCCCCGCCACCCACUCACCAUCUGAACAGCUGUUACGAGGCAGCCAUGGCAGGGACGGACUUGCCACCGUUGCGUCGUAAGAAGCUCUCCUCCCUGCUGAUGAACCGAGGCGACACUCCGAUUCUGAGGACUGUAUUGGGACAAGGACAAGCGGACUCGAGCCAACCGAUGCCAUUGGUGUGUCACCCGGAUAGCCACGAACGCAACACUAACGGAUCUCCUCGCGACUCGGACAAGAGCAUGAAAACGGAACCAUCUGAAGACGCACCAUCUCCCUACACGGACAUUUCAUUUAUGGAAGACGACCCUGAACGAGCAAACAAGAUGCCCUAUUCAUCGCCACAAUCUGGAUAUGGAGAAAGCAAAGGAGUAGGAGGAGUCUCAUCCGCCCUUGUUACUUACGUGCCGACCCAAAAGCCAGAAUGGAAGCGAUACAAGCAGUACACCCGGAACGAUAUUAUGUCAGCGAUCGAAGCCGUCCGUUCAGGAAUGAGCGCUCUUCAAGCGGCCAGGAAAUACGGAGUGCCUUCUAGAACUCUAUACGACAAGGUAAAGAAACUCGGAAUCACGACAGGCAGACCCUUCAGAAGAAGUUCCAUCGGCAACGGCGGACCCGGCUUUCCCUACGGACUCGGCAGCAGCGGAAUGAUGUUUGGCGGAGGAGAAGAGGAAAACAGCACAGGAAAUAACGGCAGCAACUACGGCAACAUGGAACAUAGCUUUCUGCAUCACGCGCUCGAACCCAAAUACGAAAGACCGAACGAACCGGACAGAGAGGCAACGGCAACGAUGAAUACGCAGAGUAACGUAAGUAAUCAUUCGUCAAGCCCGGGGAACAACGGUAGGUCUCCUAGUCCUACAUUGAUACGUUACGCUCAUCGGAACAGUAUGACUCCUUCCCCUCCCCCUCCGCCAGCGCCACCGGCAGAGCAAGACGAGGACCGAGUAGAAGACCUGUCGAUGGGUCGGAAACCUGAACCGCCUUCUAGAGUCAUCAUGCCCCCUAUGAGCCAAGCCACCGCCACCGCGAUGCUCACAACUGGCUCCGACUCUCACUCGGACGCUAGAGACUAAGUGUUCACAUUCAACAAGUGUUGAAAGUUUGGUGCGGAAAAAAUAUUUUUAAACUUAAAUUUUAUUUUUAACUAUU